AUGAGGGAACCAAUUGUUCUGUGGAAGUUUUUAGAUCUGGAAGAAGAAUGUUCAGGUGUGAAGCUGAAAGCGCACGUAGAGUUGAUGGCAUCCUCAUCCAAACCUCCUAAAUUGUUUGCUGAUGCGGUGAAUAACGUCUGCGAUAUUCCGGUAAGUCAGCUACCAAAGCCUUGUGUUAAAGGGGGCCGCUUGUCCAUUGUUAUUCCGGAGGAGGAGUAUCUGCUGGGUGUGGAGUCUUGCAAACAUAACCUACACGGUAGGAUUAUCUGGCCUAAGGGAUCCACACCUUUGACAGUUCAAAACCUCAAAACUAAACUUUUGAAUCUUUGGAAAUCUAUUGGGAAAUGGGGCAUUACCUCCCUUGGUAAAGGGUAUUACGAAUUCUCGUUUUCCACUCUUGAAGAUGUCAGGCGUGUAAGGUCCAUUUCAUCAUGGAACUUAAACCUAGGUUUCCUUAAGUUGUCCCCAUGGACAAAGGACUUUAACCCUUCCAUCCUUAAGCAAUCGUCAGCUCAAGUGUGGAUUCGCAUCCAUGGUUUGUCGCAGGAGUACUGGAGGCCGAAAAUCAUCUUUGCAAUUGCAAGUAGUGUGGGGAUUCCACUGUGUACUGAUUCUGCAUCUAAUAGGUGUUGUUUUGAAAGAUCGUUUGGCCACUUUGUUAGAGUCUUAGUGGAUUUGGAUUUGAACUCUGAUAUUCGUUAUAAAGUUUUAGUUGAAAGAUCAGGUUUUGCGUUCUUUGUUGAUCUCGAAUACGAAAACCUUCCGGAGUUUUGUAAACACUGCAAUAGUAUUGGUCACUCUUUGGAAAAAUGUAAACAUCGUGGAGACGAAGGAGAAUCUGGUGCACAGAAACAAAAAGUAGUAGACGAAGCAGAUGCUGGUAAGCCAAAUAACUCUAAGAAACACAACUUUGUUCAGGUUCCUAUUAAUAAUCCGACCAUUAUUAAGUCGGUAGAUCUGUCUCAGAUUCAUACUGCAGUAGAGAAUAGUCAUGACAAAGACAAUCAGAACCAAGUGAACAUUGGUGGUCCUUCGGGUAUUCUGGAAGUUGUUAAUACAGUGGAUGAAGUAGUUGUGGCAGAUGACAUAGAUAAAACCUUGGCUUUGGUCAGUGAGGAGGAAAACAAUUUUGUAGAUGCAGAAUGUAUUGGCAAUACACAAAGGAAUUCAGUUGAAGAAGUCCCUGAAACUAAUCCAGAGCUACAACAGGAUCUGAUGUUUCUCAACGCUUCUUGGAAUAACGUUUUGAACCCCUUGGGGGUAGACGACGACGGCUUUGUGAAAGUGAAGUCUAAAUCCAAGAGAAAGAUGCAGAAAAACAAUGUUUCGAGAGGUAAUUACAAGACAAGGUCUAGGUCUGGUAGUGCGUCUAAUACCCCAUGA